GCUGAUCUCCUGUCAGUCUACUUAAGUGCGUGGACAUGCUGCGUGUCCCGCAUCGUUUCCCCGCAUCAAGAAGGCGACUUUGCGGAACAAUUUAAAGGCCACAGAGGCCCCGGUGCCACUUAAGUGUCAGUGUUCUCACGAAGCCGCGAUGCAGCCUCUGGGGUCCCUAUGAGAAGGGACGGGGGUGGUGCUGGACGCUCUAAAGGACUAUGAAGACAGGGGAUCCGGCGUCUGACGGUCUCUGGGUGCCGCUAUGAGAGUCAUAGACGUUUUUUUCCGCAGAAAGCGGGGCAGUUUUCUGAAAACCCUGCUGAGUCUGACUCUGAUCUGCGCAUCUUUCCUCAUGAUCCACAAGCUCAAAGUGUCGGAGAAAGACGGACUGGGAUUUAAACAUGUGAGGAGCUUUGGCUGGUGCUCCGGUUCGGACUGUUUUCCAUUCAGGAGCGGCGACGUGAAACCCGGCGUGGACGGCUCGAACCCCGCGGGGCUGCGCGCGGACGUGCGCGCCAACCAGUCCUGGGACGCGCAGGUCCUCAACUGCACCGAGGACGCGUCGGUGAGGUCCAAGGACUGGUUCCGGCGCUUGGAUCCCAGAUUCCACCAGUUCGUGCUGCACAGACACUGCAGGUACUUCCCCAUGCUCAUCAACCACCCGGAGAAGUGCGCGGACACGGACGCGCACCUCCUCAUGGUGAUCAAAUCCGUCAUCGAGCAGCACGACCGGCGCGAGGCGGUGCGCAAAACGUGGGGCGAGGAGAGGACGGUGAACGGGAAGAAGAUCAAGACGCUGUUCCUUCUGGGGACCCCGGCGCCCGGCAAGGACACCAAGAACCUCCAGAAACUGAUCGAGUACGAGGACAGGAUCUACGGGGACAUCCUGCAGUGGGACUUCAUGGACACCUUCUUCAACCUGACCCUGAAGGAGGUCAACUUCCUCAAAUGGUUCGACAUAUUCUGCCCCGGCAUCCAGUUCAUAUUUAAAGGCGAUGACGACGUUUUUGUCAAUACGGAAAACCUCCUGGACUUCAUCGACUUCAAAGUGGAGCAGCGCAAGGAGGCCGGUCUGUUUGUGGGGGAUACCAUUACCAAGGCGAUCCCCAUCCGGAACCGACAGAGCAAGUACUACAUUCCUAAAGAGCUAUACGAUAAGCCAUAUCCCCCGUACGCGGGCGGCGGGGGGUUUCUGAUGUCCGGCCUUUUGGCCAGGAGGCUCUUCCUGGUUUCCGAGGAGCUGGAGCUGUACCCCAUCGACGACGUGUUUCUGGGCAUGUGCCUCAAGAAGCUGCAGGUGUACCCAGAGAUGCACCCGGGCUUCCGGACCUUCGGCAUCACCAGGCGCAGGGUGAGCCCGAUGAACAACGACCCCUGCUUUUACAAAAGCCUGCUGGUGGUGCACAAACUGACGGCGCACGAGCUGCUCAAGAUGUGGAGCGUGGUGCACGACGCGGACCUGGUGUGCGCGCAGCGGACCUCCAUGUGAUCGGUGACGCUGGGUUUAUGUGAGGUACCAAAGGUGGCCGGACGACGGAAACAUCGUGUGUGAUGCUGCACGCGCACACCUUCACCCGAUCCGUUAUUGUUGUAUUCACGCUUAUAACCAUUUUUAAUGACUAAAGUUGGUAAAUUUGUAAAAAAAAAAAAAAAAAAAAGUCAGAUAUUGUUCGUUUGUGAAUAUAUUGUUCAAUUUGACUUUUAUUUUGAAAUUUUAUUUUUGAGGGGGGCCAAAAACCAAAGACGCCAAACGGCAGUAAAAUUGGUGAAAGCUGUUAAAUCAUUUGUAUGGUUUUGUGAACUUUGUAAUACAGAGUGGAUGUUAAAUGCUUUGAUUCACGCUGCGUUUUGUAAUGAAGAGCUGUGAGAGGAAGCUAUUAUUAUAGAAUAAAAUCACGACCUCACUACCUCUGCAGUCAGAUAGUAUUCACCUGAUUGCCAAACAGAGAGCUGCAGGCCCUGAGCAGCUCCGACUCUCAGGCUCAAAUAGUAUUUGAAGCUCUUGGCCGAGUGAAAUCACAUUCCCAGUCUUAAGCUUAGUUUGGCUUUAUUUAAACAAAUAGAUGCGUUCACAGAAAAAUCUGCCGUUGUAUGUAAAAUUAUUCAGACGUGCUGAAUAACAUGAAACCCAACUAAUUAUUCACUGUUGCAACACACCUCAGCACAGAAGUUUAUUACAGCAAAUGUGAUGGAUUGAACAUAUAUUAUUUUAUAACUAUUGUAACAGAUGGCACACGUGUUAAUAAAUUACUUGCAAUUCUCUAUUAAAAAGACAGAAAGCACCUGA